CCGUCUUCCCCCACCGUACUAUAUAUAUGGACUCAGAAGGGCAUAUAGAUUAUAGCCAUUAUAAUUUAAAGUCAUAUAAUAUUUACAGUGACACGACAACAAAACUAGGGCAUUGGUUGUUUGCGUUAUAUGAAUGCAGCAUGUGCUGGUGCAAAUACAAGUCAUUAUUUCUAGUUAGCAAUGACAGACGCCUGAUUUCGUUUAAUCUCCAAACACAGGCCGACACUGAGUAACCAGAAACCUGCCUUUCAUUAAAGAUUAGUCGACAUUGAAGCUGGUAGUACAAGCUGUAGUUAGUGAUAGUCUUUUAGUAUUGAUUUAUACUUUCUUUUCAGCAGUUUUCUGAUGCUGUUGGCAUCGUAGGUGUUAUAGCUUGUAAUGGAAACGCCGUCCUUGCUUCCUUUAGAUUACCUCGCUGUGAAUUCAUCCUCUUUCGCUACCUCAUCUGAAACCAGUAUCGACUCCGGGACCGAAAGCGGUUCCCAUAGAAGCCCGAGCGAUUCCGAAUGUUUUGACGGAAAAUACGACCUCGUUUUCCCGCCGACGACGUCUGAAUCGCCCGUAAUGAAAUCUACCUCGAACUCUGUACCUCCGCCCCCAUCUUUGCCCCCACCCCCCAACGCACCACCACCGCCUCCCCCGCCGUUGGGGUUCAACUCCAAAUUUGGGGUCAACAUGGGCUACAAUGCUAAGGAUAACAAGCGCUUAAGAAGGCUAAACUGGCAGAAAAUUCCUGAUAUUCAAAUCAACAGCGCUGGCGAGACCAAUAUAUGGAUGGAAGGAAAAAGCGGGAUAACUGUUGAUUUUAGCACUAUAGAUGAUCUGUUCGCUGUCCAGGAGAAAACUCCCCUAAGAAAAUCUCCGCCGUGUAGAUCCUUUACUCCGGACUCGGAUUCGUCGAAUCCUGACGAAGCCAAACCUGGAACGAUAUCACUUCUUGACUCGAAACGAAGUCUAAACGUGAACAUCUUUCUACGACAGUUCAAGAGGUCCCCCACCGUGUUAGCGGAAUCUAUCAAACAGUGUGACGUUUCCUUUAUGAACUCGGACAAGCUUCGAGCCCUGAGGAAGCUGUUACCUGACAAAGAGGAAAUAAAGGUUUUGAAAGGUUUCCAAGGUAAUAUUGCUUCAUUGGACACCGCAGAGACGUUCUUUGUCCAUGUCAUAAACGUCCCUUAUUACGUCAUAAGAAUUGACGCCAUGCUGCUUCGUGAGGAAUUCGACCACGCGAUGUCGCAAGUGGAGCAAUCGAUUUCAGUUUUACUACGAGCUAUUAAAGAGUUGCGACAAUGUUUUGCACUCCCCACAAUUCUACACUUUGUGUUGCAAGCCGGCAAUUAUUUAAACCGGGGCGCAGCCUUUGGCAACGCAGUUGGUUUUCGUCUGGCAUCACUGAAAACUUUAACGGACACGAAAGCGAACAAGCCAGGAAUGACUCUCAUGCAUUAUGUUGCCAUGGAACUAGAGAAGCAUGACCCGGGAAUGAUCGGAUGGACUGAAGAAAUACCCAGCGUUGGUUUGGCAUCGAGAAUAUCCGACGAAGAAGUGAGACAAGAAAUUAGCAUAUUUAACAACCGCGUGGUAUCGCUGCGGAGCAAAGUCGAGUCGGAGUCAGACGACGAUCUCAGGGAACACGUGACCGAGUUCUUAAAGGAUGCUGAAGAACGGUUAAACACGACAAGAGCUCAAGAGCACCAUCUGACGGAGAUGUCAAAGGAGCUUGCCACGUAUUUGUGCGAACGUAAAGAAAAGUUUUCAUUAAACAGCUGUUUUCAAAUCGUGUCCGAAUUCAGGAACAAAUUUUCUAAAUGCUCCGAAGAAAACAAAAAGAGACAACAGGAAAAUAAAAGAAAGGCAUCUGUGGAAAAGCAAGCUACAGACCGAAACAACAACGCUAAUCAAUUUAACAACAACAACAACAACAACAACAAUAACAAUAGUAAAAAACAAGUUCACAGUCAAUUGUCGAGUGAAGACAAAUCUACCGAGAAACAAACUAGCAACUUUCGCCGAAGUAAUUCACUUGCUACCCCGCACCAGCGUUACAAGGGCGCUCGGUCUACUAGCGACCUCUCCGAUGACGUCACAGUGACGUCAUCAAUCCGUAGACGAAACGACAACUCUUUCUUAAGAAGAACUUCACUUGCAAAACCAGAGGAACACGAAAUCGCGAAGCUAUAUCAGAAGCAAUUUCAAAAUGGUGACGUCAAAGAGGCGUGGCCUGAGUGUCAAUCAAACUCUCAAUCGACCAAUCAGGGACCAAGAAGUUUAGAUGAGAGAUUGAGGUUGUUUGGAUCAUCCCCAAACUCAAAACCGGAGGCUGAAACUGAGGUAUCGACAACUUUUUCUAGAAGGAGACGAUUUGGAUCUUUAAGGACUCGAUCUUUGCGCGGAGGAGCUCGGAUUGACGACGACGAGGAACUAGUUCUGCAUCUUCAGGCGCAUCAGGAGGAGCACAAAACGGAGGUGGAUUUAGAAGAGUCAAUGGAUCGCUUUGUGACGAGGGAACGAAGCCGACUCUUUGAACGAACUCAGUUGAGAAGAUCUUAUGUCCGGAUGCCGCGGAAGGAACCGAGUUCGAAAGAAGAAGAAGAAAGCGAUUCUGACGUCAUAGCUGAUUCUCUUCCUGCUCCUGACGUCAGAAGAAGAUCGUGGCGUCAUAGAAGAUCCCCUCUUGCGUCACAAUCUACUUCAUGUAUCGACCAAUGCAGUGAAGUGUUUUCUCAACCUGACGAACAAAAAGACUCCGCCGCAGGGGAAAACUCCGGUGACGUCACAAAACCACGUAGACAUGACGACAUCAGAGAAAGGAUCCGAAGAUACAAGACUGCUGCUUCGUGUGAGGAAGAUACGAUAACAGAUCGUAGACUGAGCAGCAGUUCAAUUUUAAGUCGAAAAGAGUCGACUGCUUCCAGCUGUGAUUCGUCUCUGGUUUCGUUUUCCGAAGAUGUUCCUGAAGCUCAACCAAUCAGAAGACGUUUAGAUCGUCGACGUACGAUUGGUGGGAACGAAACACAAUUCUUUCCUGACAACCGAAUCGAGACGAGUGAAAAAAUCGAAAAUGUGGCGGAAGAGACAACAGAAAAUCUGGAAUGCGAUAAAGACACCUUUGUAAAAACUCCUGCUGAAAGUGAAACGGAAGAGCCUAUAGAGCUCAACUCUACAGUUACUGUUGAAGAAGAAGUUAUUGUUGCACGUGAAAGCAGUAUCACAGAGUUGGAAACACCUGCAACCACAAUUAGCCAACAAUCUUCUGUUAAAACAGAUGAGAUAACAGUAACUGAAGUCAAAACUGAAGAAUCUAAAGAAAAAGUUAACCUAUCGAAACCUAAAGAAGCAAAAGCUAGAGGAAUACCCCAAAUGCGUAAAACCCCUAUUAAAAAGGUUGGGCUUACUCCUUCACCCAGCAAAGGUCAGAAAAACAUCCUGAUUCGAUCACGUGACGCAUCUCCAGCGACCCCUAGCGAAAAAGUCAUACCAAAUUCUGGAACUUUGAAGAAAAAACUAACAGUUCGAGCGGUUCGUUCGCGAGAUUCAUCUCCAGCACCAUCUACCGGUAACAAAUAUAAACCUCACGUUACCACCAGAGCGUCGUCUUUAUCCCCGACCCGCAAGCUACAUACCCCUAUCACUGAAGUAAAAAGUUUUCUCCGGAAAAUUAAGAAAAAAGUUGACGAACAGGAAAAAGAUUCGGAAAGUAUCGCAGUAGAAAUCCCUACCGUAAUUGUGUCUCACGCGGACGAUUUACAAAACACAGAAUCUCCAAGUAUAACAGUGGAAAAUACUGAAAAAUCUGUCUCCGAAUCAAAAAUACCGAAGAGACCUUCAUCUACUAAUAGUUCUCCAACCAGAUUAUCAAGGCCAGCAUCCCGUUCAACUGGAAUUGUAACUCCUGCAACUCAAACCUCCAACACUAUGAACAGAGCAGCCAGGCUGCGACAGAAUAAGACGCAAACUUCUUCACAGAUAAGUGUAAAACCUGCGUCCAGAUUUUCUUCGCCGGUAAAAUCCACCCCAAAAGCAAAAGAAGUUCCGAAAAAGCCUGCUCCAAAACCUGUUUCUCAAAAGCCACCCGUAAAAAGCAAAGUAAACUCCCCAAAAACUGUACGAAAACCUACUGACGUUAAGAAGAAAGCAACGAAUAUUAAGUCGCCCAGAUCAGUUACGCCAAAGAAUGCUAAAACUGUACCUAACAAGCCUAUACCGACUAAUGUACCAAGACCAAAGCCCAAAGUACCAAUUCCUAUGAAAGAAACGAACUUAUCAGACGCGGUGGACUCUCCUGGACAGUCUGGAGCUCCUAAUAACACAACAGCACCCCACAGCGGCGUUCAAAUGAACAGAGCAGCGAGGUUAAGAAUGCUAAAGAAAAAUAGCGAAGCCAAAUCAAAUGCAAAAUAGAGUAGCAUUUUAUAGUUUUUCUUAUUAGCUACUAAUGACCUGGGAUUCACAUUUGUGUUGCCUAAACUAAAGAUAACGUGUAUUCGGUGAUAAAGCUUCAGAAUAGGCUAUGAGUCAUUGUAAACUGCUUGAGCUUUUUAGAUAAAGACAUUUUCAUUUUAAUAGUUAAUGCAUAUGUUUUAAGGCGGGUCUCGAACCUGUAUUAGAUAAAUACCGUCUUAGGUUACAGAAAUCUCGUUAUGCAAUCUUGCACAGUAGCAUUUAUUAGUGUUAUGGUUCAAGUGCCAAGCGACAAAUAGUCUUCUAGUGUUUAUUAUCUCAUUUUAACGGCUUUAUUUCUCAUAUGAGUUUUUGGAGUUUGGGUAAAAAAUGCCUUCAGUUUUUUCAUGAGACCAAAGCAGCCUUUUUACGAAUUCGUAGCUUUUAUUCUUCCUUUCUUUGUAGUUUCUUUUUAUGUCUCCAGUUAUUUUAUAAAUAAAUAAUCUCUAUUCGUUUA